AUGAACGUCAUGUCAGAAACUUUUCAAGCCUUGAGGACGAUGAGAAAGCGCCAGCUUGCUCAUCAAGUCAUCAACUUGGGGCUCAUCAUCACCUCGGCGCUGAUGAUCUGGAAGUUUCUAAUGGUCGUAACGCACAGUGAGAGCCCUGUCGUCGUGGUUCUGAGUGGGAGUAUGGAACCGGCUUUUCAGCGCGGCGAUAUUCUGUUUCUAUGGCUGGGGAGCGCACCCUUCAGGAUAGGCGAGAUCGUUGUGUUCAAGAUCGAGGGCCGAGACAUUCCGAUCGUACAUCGCGUGAUCAAAGUUCACGAGAAGCAUGAUGGCACCACUGAUGUUCUGACCAAGGGAGACAACAAUGACGUCGACGACCGUGGACUGUAUGCCCCAGACCAGCGAUGGCUGAACAAGAAGCACAUUAUCGGCAGGGCUGUCGGGUACCUCCCCUACGUGGGGAUGGUGACCAUCAUCAUGAACGAUUACCCAUACUUGAAAUACGCUCUGAUCGGAUUGCUCGGCAUCUUUGUUCUGACAAGUCGCGAAUAA